AUGUCGUCCUUUUCACAAUUAUCCUUCUCUUUCCAAAAGAAGCUCGACGAUGGAUCCCCAUUUCCGCUCGUCCUCGCUCCGGCCCACGAAUCUUCCAAGGACGCUGGAGCCCUCGCUAGAGCGCUGCUAAUCGAGGAGCAACGAUCGCAGCUGGAAGAAUGGCUAAUCCAAAGUGGCGCGGUUUUGCUGCGAGGUUUCGAGGUGUGGACAGCGCAGGAGCUUGACUCCAUAAUCGAUGCCCUUGGAUGGGAGGAAUACAACUACAUGGAGCUAGGUGGACUGGCCAAUCGAAAGAGGGUCCAUGGAAAGGUUCUCACUGCUAACGAUCUUCCCCUGGAUUGGUACGUUGGUUACCACAAUGAGGCAGCUUAUCUCAAGAAACCCCCUUCAAAGAUCGCAUUUUUUGCCGCGAAGCCUCCGGAGCCUGGCACUAGAGGAGCCACUCCGAUUGUACCAGGACACGUCGUGUACAAGCGAGUUCUCGAGAGAAAUCACUUGGCGGAGCAACUCCUCAACAAAGGCCGUGUUGUAACCUACUCCUAUCUCAACAACAGAGCUUGGAGGAUGCAUUUCUCGGCCCAGGACAAGCAGACCGCCGAGACCAAUGCCAUGAAGCAGAACAUGACUCUAACUUGGCUCCCCAAAGGCGAAGCAAUUCUCGAGAGCCAGCCCUUACAGCCAUUGUUUAAAAAAGAUAGCGCUGGAAGGAUGGCGAUCUUCACCAGCAUUGGAACGUUUCUGGAGUUCAACAAGAUGCAGAAGAAGGACUUUCCAAAGUCGACAAUCAAGUUUGAGGAUGGAACACUGCUUCAGGAUGAAACUGCCGAGGAACUCGUGGAGAUAAUGCUCGAGGAAGAGGUGGUGUUCUCAUGGGAGAAAGGUGACGUUCUCCUGGUGGAUAACUCUGCUGUGUUACACUCGAGGCAGAAAUGCACAUCUAAGGAGCGAGAAAUUCUUGUUUCUCUUGCUGCAUGAAUGUGGU